GUGCGCGUGGUGAGUAAUGGUCGUCUGCUGAAGGGUGCCAAGAAGGCGAGUACCCCCGCGGGCAUUCGUGAGAUGACGGCUGAGAACUUUCUGAUCUGUGUGGGCAGUCGCCCCAGAGAACUACCGAACUAUCCCACAGACGGUAUGUAG